UUCGCUCCCCAGCCCUUGGCAUCUGCUUUUCAGGACAUGGCCACUCCCAAAAGGAUGGAGAAAAGCAACUGAGACGUCCCCGAGGCCCCUGCGCUCCUGCAAACGGCCUCUGAGACUGGCCUCAUCGUCUCUAGUUUGGCUUCGUGGGGUGCAGGGCAUUUCUUCCCAGCCUGCUCUGGAUCCUUUUUAGUGGGGCAGCAGACCAAAGGAGAUGGAAGAAAAGGAGCGAUGUGAUAAAUUCCAACUGGAGUCCUGAUGCUAUAAGGGGAUUUAAAUCUUAUUUUGAUAUUUUUUGAAAGGACACAGAGGGGAGGACUUAACACCAAUAGAAACUUUUUAUGGGGUGGAGGAGGAGGGAGAGGGGAAAUGUUCCAGAUCCUUACAUGAUUUUUGCAAUCAGUCAAUUACUAAAAGCACAAGAGGAGUGUUUGCCAGCCGGAAGCAGGAUUUGUCAAUAACGGAAGGGAAUAGUGAGCUCUUGUUUUGAUUGUGGAGGGGAGAAAAACUUAAGACUCCUCUGUUUCUCAUCACCUUCCCCUCAACUGUCCUAUGAAAAAAUGAGUUGUGUGCCAUGGAAAGGUGACAAAAUCAAAUCGGAAUCGCCUGAGCCACCACAGCUGGCACCACUCCGUAUUUACCAUGAGAAACAGCGUAGGGAAUUGUGUGCUCUCCAUGCCCUAAAUAAUGUCUUCCAGGACAGCAACGCAUUCACCCGGGAAACACUUCAAGAGAUUUUCCAGAGACUGUCUCCCAACACCAUGGUGACACCACACAAGAAGAGCAUGCUGGGAAACGGGAACUAUGAUGUGAAUGUCAUCAUGGCAGCGCUUCAGACCAAAGGCUAUGAAGCAGUUUGGUGGGAUAAGCGCAGGGAUGUUAAUGUUAUUGCCCUCUCUAAUGUGAUGGGUUUCAUCAUGAAUCUGCCCUCGAGUCUCUGCUGGGGUCCCCUGAAGCUCCCUCUUAAACGACAGCAUUGGAUCUGUGUCCGGGAGGUGGGUGGCACCUACUACAAUCUUGACUCCAAACUCAAGGUGCCUGAGUGGAUUGGAGGUGAAAGCGAGCUCAGGAAAUUUUUGAAAUAUCAGCUGAGGGGAAAGAACUGUGAACUUCUGCUGGUGGUACCAGAGGAAGUAGAAGCACAUCAGAGCUGGAGAGCUGACAUGUGACCAGGACUUGUCUCAUCCUUUCUCACUACAGCUCCAGUCAUUUCCCCCCCCCCCCUCCUCUAACCUGGAUAAUGGGUGUCCUGACUCUCCUCCUCUGGAACUUCCAUUGGUCUCUUUUCUUUCUUUAUGGAUGGUGCAAUAGCGGGAGUGGUAUAGGGUAUUGUGGGGGGACAGAAUGGAUGAGGAUGGAAGCCAGUCACUUUUUAAUGAGAGAAUGAGUGCUGUGCUUUUAACUUGAUUACCUUGCAUAGUGCUCUUUAAAAUAGGCUUUGGGAAGAGGUGUUUGGAACACUCUGCUGAUUCUCCUUCAUGCCCCAAUAUCUUAAAGAUUGCUUAUGGUUGGACACUAUUCCCUCCAGACUUGAUUUAAAACUUUACCUGGGAAGUGUCAAGCAUGCUGCCGCCUCUCUAAAACAAUCUCUCCAUCCAAAGCAAACUAUUUAAGAUACAUUUGCAAAUCAUAGGGGACUGUCAGGAAACUCUUGAACACUAGCAAUGGUAUAGUGCUCUGUAGAAUCUCCUGCUUGGUGAGGGCUUGUGCCAAGGAUUAAGGACAACCUAUCUACAAAAAGAGGGGCUAUCUUUUAAAACAAAACAAAAAAAAAAAACAUGGGGGAGUCUUCUCGAUGUCUUUAUGGAUUUUAGUUCAGCAGAUGGUCUAGAUGCUUCUUUAGAUAGGGCAGGCUGAUUAGGGAAUAGAAAUGAUAACAGGUUUAGACUGGUUCAGAAGCACUAAGUAUCUGGAGUGCAAGAGGCCCCUUGGGGCCUAUAGAGGGUUUUCUUUGGCAAGUGUAUAUCCUCUUGUUCCUGUAUGUGCACUUAUUAAUCCAGGAGCUGAUUGCAGAGAAGCAUAUAAAACUGAAGGUGUUUAAGAAGAUGGAAGCAGUUGUUCCCUCUUAUUUCCCUCCUCUGUGGAACACUAGUUAUGGCCAUGAUAGAGAGAUCGAAUCAUGCAAAGCAAAAUCAAAGAAAGGCUUUGCAAUUGGAGGUUUCUGUAUCUCCUGUCACUGCUAGCAAUUAUUGUGGGAGAUGCAUACAGGGUUCAGGAGAGUCUUCCUGAUGGUAAGAGCAAACUGUCUAGCAUGGCAGCUGAACCAAAGUCUUUGGUUUUGGCUAACAUUCCUGACGGCUGAAUCAUCUCACCCUCUGUUCCCUCCUGCAGAGAAAAGUGACUAAGACAGGGAGACUCUAGUAGGAAUCUUUCACUCAUAUUUUUUUUUCUAUGCCACCAGGUGCUGAGUGUAGUUUAAUCAUUCCUUCUGCAGAAAGAGGAAAGGGUGAGUUUGGAAUAGAUUUCACACUACUAGUGACUCUUCCUGGUCAAGCUAUGUUACAACUGUGUCAUUUCCUAAUGCACAAGCUGUCCUCCUAGUUGUAACAGCAAGUGCAGAGCAUUGAUGGAAACCAGUGCAUUGAUGGGUAAUCUAGUGUCUAAAGCUGAACUUACAAAACCACCAAAGCCUUCCGUUUUCAACAGACAGAGGCCAUGUGGCAACAGAACAAGAGUGGUGCGUGUGGUCAACUCUGGACAUCUUACAAGCACCAUGCUUGCAAUCUCUUGACGACACAUUGGCAGUGGCUCUUCUGCAUGUUCUACAGUCCAAGCCCAAUGUUUCUACAAGACCCCUACUUCCUUCUUAACACCACAUUCCAAUGACCAAAACCAGCUGGCAAAAUUUUUAAACUCAUCACAAGCAGGAAUUCUGCUUAUGACUUGAAGCCAUUUUCUAAAAGGGAAGGAAGAAUAAAAAUCAACAGCAAAAGAAUUUUCUAUGCUGAUUAAAAUCGCACUUUGGAGAGAUCCUGUUUGCAUGGAAGCCGCUAGCCAAUGGAUCAGUGCACAAUAUGCAAAGAUGUUUUAAAAAACAUUGUGGGGCUGCCUCCCUAUAUUUAUAUCUAAUGUCACUGCUUAACCCCCAGGGAAAGGGUGUGAUCCAGCUGCUCAGGAAAAGGGAAACUGUAUGAUCACAUCCCUGGGGAAUAGUGUUGUGGUGACAAGGAGGGGAAACAUGAAUCCCACUGCUUGGGAGUGGGAAAGCCCAUGUUAGUUUUUCUUGCUUGUUUGGUUUUGUUAUAGCCUUGUCUUGGAUUUGUUUACAGAGAUGUAUUUUGUUUAACCAAAUAUUAAAAAUGGAAAAAUCUCCAUAUAAAGUGUCCCAGUCACUUCUGUGUGUGCAGCUGAAUUGUUCUGUAACAUGGUAUGUAAAGGAAAAAUAAACUGUUCUUUGUUA